AUGUAAUUAAUAAUUAAUUUAAUUAUUUUUUUUUAUUGUGUGGUCACCUUCUCUCUCUGCUACUCUGGUUAAAGUUAAUUUCCUAUCAAUUACCAAACAAUAUAUUUUUAUUAUAUACAAGAUACAAAUUCAGUCCUAUAUUUGGCACCUGACAAUUCAAUAAAAAUUAGUAUUUUAGAUUAAUUUGGAGGAUUUAUCGCAACUUAUAAUUUAGUUGGGUUUAACUUUUUAAACCAGCCAACUUAAAUAAAAUAUGCAAUGUUCUUUUCUGUGAAUCAAAAGGACCUUAUAUAUGCCACUCAAGAAGGCAGCUAGUAUUACUACAUUAUUAAUUUUAGCUUGAUGCUUUAAAAUUCUUCUAGCUUUUUGACUUCAUAUAAUUUUCCUCCUCUAAAGUAUCAUUGCUCAAACUACUUAGUUCAAAAAAUAGUAUUUUUCUUUUCUUUUUCUUUACAAAAUAUUUUGAAUAAAUUUUAGAAUGAAUAUAAUUUAUUUGCUCUUUUUCAUUAACAAGAAUAUUUUUUUAUAUUAAUUUUAAAUAAAAUUUUUAAAUAAUUAAUAGUAAAACUAUUUCUAUCUUGUAUGUAAUGA